AUGUCGGACUUCAAGAUUAAGGCAGGCUUGGCCCAGAUGUUGAAAGGCGGCGUCAUCAUGGACGUCGUCAAUGUGGAACAGGCUGUGAUUGCAGAGCGGGCCGGUGCAUGUGCCGUGAUGGCGUUGGAAAGAAUCCCCGCAGACAUGCGGGCCUCGGGCCAGGUGUGCCGCAUGUCGGACCCCCACAUGAUCAAGGCUAUCAUGGCAGCAGUGUCCAUCCCAGUGAUGGCAAAGGUGCGCAUUGGCCAUUUCGUCGAGGCACAGGUGCUUCAGGAAUUGGGCGUCGACUACAUUGACGAGUCCGAGGUGCUCACGCCUGCAGACUGGGAACACCACAUCGAGAAAGACACCUUCAAGGUGCCGUUUGUAUGCGGCGCCAAGGAUUUGGGCGAGGCGCUCAGAAGAGUCAACGAGGGCGCGGCCAUGUUGAGAACCAAGGGCGAGGCCGGCACAGGCGACAUUUCCGAGGCCAUCAAGCACGUGCGCAAAGUCAAGGCCCAGAUCGCCCAGCUUUUGGCCCACAAGGACAACGCGGCGUUCAUCGAGGACACCGCCAAGACCUACCGCGUGCCGGUGUCGUUGCUCCAGGACUUGAUUGACAACGAGGGCAAAUUGCCAGUGGUCAACUUUGCCGCCGGAGGCGUGGCCACGCCUGGCGACGCAGCCAUCUGCAUGCAGUUGGGUUGUGACGGAGUAUUUGUCGGGUCCGGGAUCUUCAAGUCGGACAACCCCGAGAAGUUGGCCAAGGCCGUGGUGGACGCCGUGACCCACUACGACGACCCCAAGAAGAUCUUGGAGGUGUCCACCGACUUGGGCCAGUUGAUGUUCGGCACGAGCAUCCAGUCUAUUUCCGAGGACCAGAGAUUGGCGGGCCGCUAG